AUGCCAUCGCCACCGACGACGACUUCUCUCUCGGUGACACACACAAUAAACGGAUCGCACAUCUUCAUAAUCAAGGGGCUUCCGAAGAGAGUUUUCAUUACUUCUUGGGCGGGUUCUGGCCGCAGUGGCCGCCGCUAUGUUGGUCCGCUUUUUUUCAGGACCCGCAUGGCCCUAUUACCCGAGAACGAUGCCGACGGUGAUUUCUCUGAGACGGAAAGAUCAGGAGGAGAGGAAAACGGAGAUUUGUCUCCGGGGAGAGUUUGCCCAGUGACAAUCCACACCGGUCCGGUUUUUGCUGAAAAAUGUCUCCGGGGAAGUGAAACCUGGGAGAUUGCUUGCGAUAAUGGGUCCUUCUGGAUCUGGGAAAACAACUUUGCUCAAAAUCUCAAUGUCUUAGCUGGGCAGCUUAGUUCAUCACCACGUUUGCAUUUGUCAGCUCUCUUGGAGCUCAAUGGGAAACGGACCACAAGCAAAACUUAUAAGAUUGCGUUUGUGAGGCAGGAGGAUCUGUUCUUCUCGCAGUUGACUGUGAGGGAAACGCUUUCUUUCGCAGCGGAGCUUCAGCUUCCGGAGAUCUCUUCUGCUGAGGAGAGGGAUGAGUAUGUGAACAACCUCUUGGUCUGGUCAGCUAUGCAGAUUCAUGUGUUGGUGAUGCAAAACAAACAAGUAGCUCCAAGGUCUCUGUCUCUCCAUUGCACUUGUACAAACCCAAGGAAUCUUACACAGCCAAGAUCGUCUCCAUGGAGCGAGUCGUUGGCGCAGACGCCCCAUGAGAAACUUGCGAGGUAUGGAGAUUUCUUUGACGGUAAGACAACGAGUAUGUGUGUGCGGAGAGGUGUUUACUACGAUCCCGAGACUGGAAAAGAAGAUCCUUCAAAGAACGGCGUCUGCAGCAACUUCCUAUGUGAUUCAAAGCCCGGAGACAAGAUUCAAAUCUCUGGUCCAUCGGGGAAGGUAAUGCUAUUACUAGAGGAUGAUCCAAACGCGACGCACAUAAUAAUAGCCACGGGAACAGGAGUGGCUCUCCUUACAGAGGCUACUUACGUCGAAUGUUCAUGGAAAACGUACCAAACUACAAAUUUGGCGGCUUAG